UCUUCAUGUGGUCUCAGACUACAUCUGGUGACACUCUGGCGGUGGAGAUCAGCUCCUAUGUGCUGCUGGCGGUUCUCUCUGUACAGCCUCUCACGACUGCUAAUCUAGGCUAUGCUAACCGCAUUGUCAACUGGCUUGUGACCCAGCAGAAUCCUUAUGGAGGCUUUUCUUCCACCCAGGACACUGUGGUGGCUCUUCAUGCUUUGUCUCUGCUCGCCGCUGAAGUGUUCAGCCUGGAGGGCUCCAGCACGGUUACCGUACAGUCGUCGACUGUAUCUGGAGAGGUUUAUAACUUCGAUGUGAAUCGAAACAACAGGUGUCUGUAUCAGGAGAAGCCGCUGAAGAACGUUCCUGGCAGAUAUAGUGUUCGAGGGAAGGGCUCCACCUGUGUGUCUGUGCAGGUUGCAUGUUUGUACAACAUCCCGACACCCAUUAAAGCUUCCAGAACACUUGGCGUUGAAGUGAAGGUGGCAAGAGACUGCAAAGUGCGUGGCGCGGAUCUCGUGUUGAACAUCACUGUGAAGUAAGAACCGCUUCGACUU